UUAUCACAGAUAAAGCUACACAGACACUGCACUUCGAGAUAGAACCCAAUUCAAAGCUUCGAUUUUUAAACAAAAUCGAGACGACUCCGCGAUGUUUCGUGCUGCAAGCAAGCUCUCAACGGCGGCGAGGCCGAUUUUUUCGGCGACUUUUUCGCUCUCCAAACCCGUUUGUAAUUCAACCUUUUUAUCACAGUUAUCAAACACAAAAUCACAAAAGAUUAGGUUUUUUUCAUCAAGUGAUGUUUUUAAGGCCAGCCCAGUUGCUGUUGAGAUGAUUAAUUAUGCUCUGUCUCUCGCAAGAUCCCAAAAAUCAGAUGAAUCAUAUGCACAAGGUUUAUUAGUGUUGGAACAGUGUCAAUCUACGCAGCAGGAUGAUAAUUCGAAGGGUCUUGUCUUACUUGGCAUGUCUACCUUAUUCUCGGAAAGAGGGAAUUAUGAGGAAGCGAUUGAGCAGCUUAAGAAAGUUAAAGACUUGGCAGUUUCGUCGUUGGCUAUUAAAGUGGCUGCUUCAGAAGCUCUUGUGGGACUUCACUUAGAGCUUGGUCAGGAUGAUUCUUCAUCAGUGCUCGCAGAUAUAUGCUUACAACUUUUAGAAUCUGUCAAAAUGGAAACUGGCAGUGGUUAUGGAGAUGGAGUACUGGAUGCUCGUGCUAAGGCUUUAAAAGGGCUGGUUGAGCUUGUCCGUGGUGAUCUUGAAUCAUCGGAUCUAUAUUUUCAAGGACUUGAGGGAAUUAAAGGCAAUGUUGCUUUAUCAUAUGGAGGGUUCCUUCAUGCCAAGCAGAAUUUCCCGAUGGCAAAGGAGCUAUAUGAGAAAGUUAUCCAGGGGGCAACAGAAACAAAAGAUUUAAGCGAUCCUCAUAACUUUGCAGCUGGUAAUAUGGCUUUGGAGGAAGUUCUCCUGGCAGCUACUUGCUCAUUGGGGCAGCUUGAGGCACACUUAGGAAAUUUUUCUGAGGCAGAAGAGAUGCUGACUCAAGCAUUGACUAAAACGGAAGAACAUUUUGGCUCACGUCAUCCCAAGGUUGGGGUUGUUUUAACCUGCAUAGCUCUUAUGUAUAGACACAAAGCAGCAACAGAACGGUCAAGUUCCCUUUUGAUUCAAGAGGGACUAUAUAGGAGAGCUUUGGAAAUGCUAAAAGCUCCUUCACUAGAAGCUAGCGAUGUGGACAAGGUGCACAGAAGGGACAUUGUUGCUCUUGCAAGAGGAGGGUAUGCUGAACUGCUAUGCGUGCAACAAAACAGAAAGGCUGAAGGAGAAAAGAUGAAAAAGUGGGCAGAAACUGCAUGGAAAAAUCGCCGUUUAUCAGUAGCUGAUGCACUAAAUAUAUCCGAGCCUACUUCUAAGGUGCCAGUUGUUGAUCUUAGGAUUAGCAGAGUUUUGUAAUUAUCUGCCUAGAGCUUCUGACCAAGCAAGUAAUGUGAAUGUUUACAUAUUCUAUGGUUGUAAAAUUUUAUCAGAACCUGUAAUAUCUAGCGAGACCAUCAGAAUGUGUGAUGUAGUCUUGAAGAGCAUACUAGAGAAUAACACGAGAUCAACAGAAUGUAUGGUUCUGUACUAUCUUCUAGAGAUGCCUGAGAAUGCCAAAUGAUGAAUAAGCUUUCUGUUUGUU